CUUAUUGAGUUAUCAGAAUUGCAUAUUUAGUAGGUAUGCUAGUUGAUGAAGAAACUCUGAAGAAGAAGGAUGUUUGAGAAGAAUUCUCUUCACGUGUGAGUUUUUUUCUUGCCGCGGAAAAUAAAUUGUGUGAAAAUAUAUUUUCUGUUGCGGAACAAAUUGUUCGUGAUAAACCAUACAUAAUUUUAAUGUUCUCACCUAUUUUGCCGUUAUAAUUGGAUCAAUUAAAGGCAUUUAACACAUUUCACGUAAAAAAAAACCAAAAGGGGCUACGCAGAAAAUGAAUUUUGUGACUCUCUGUGGGGUUUUCAUCCUCAUGCUGAGCAUUGAGGGCUCCCUGGGAUUUGUUACACAAUGCUGUGAGGAGUAUUGCUAUGGAACGGACAGCGAUAGGGAACAGGCAAGGCACUAUGCUACAAAAUCAGCUUAUCAAAUUAUCAAAAGUGGAGAUUCCAGUCGCUAUUAUAGCAUUCCCAACUGCGAACCCACGAAAUUCUGGAUGCUAAGUCGACACGGGACGCGACUACCAAGUGCUAAAGACAUGCAAAAACUGCGUGGAUUAAUCGAUCUCAGGGACCAAAUCAUUGAUAAUUACGAGAAGAGACGCUCAAAGCCUGACACGGGAGCACUGUGUGAUGCCGAUUAUCAUGGAAUAAAGAACUGGCGCUGGGACAGCAACCUCACAGGGAAUUUUGAUAAUUUCCUCACAUCUCAGGGAUGGGAAGAUCUCGUCCUCCUUGCAAAGCACUACCAGCGAAUCCUGCCCAAUGUCCUUCCGAAUAUUUACACAUCAGACAAAUAUUUGUUCCGGCACACGGGGAUUCAGCGAACAGAGGAGAGCUUCCGUGCCUUUGUUGAGGGAUUAUUCGGCGUGAAUGCUUACCAGCACGUGACUCUACCACCGGACAACAACAACACCCUCCUGCGUCCGUAUGACUACUGCCCAGCAUGGGAGACUCAGAGUGAUGUGAUCGAUGAACCGAGUUCGGAGAUGAGCAAAUUCAUUGCAUCGGAAAUCUACCAGGAUAUGCUGAAUCAGGUCUCACAGAGGCUUGGCUUCAAAUUCCAACUGACUGACGAUCAGGUUGAGCAAAUUUGGGACAUGUGUCGCUACGAGCAGGCUUGGUAUCUGCAGAAACUCAGCCCAUGGUGUGCUGCCUUCACAAAGACCCACGUGGAGAUUCUGGAGUACAAGGAAGACCUCAAAUACUACUUCAAGAAUGGCUAUGGAUCCCCAUUGAAUUCCAAGGUUGCUUGCGCUCUCGUUGCGGACAUGAUGAAGAAUCUGGAGAGUGAUGCACAACCCCAGGCGGUUGCCUACUUUGCCCAUGAUUCUGCCAUUCAGCUCCUAAUGACGGCUCUGGGGGCAAAUAAGGAUCGCGAUUCCCUGCGAGCUGAUAACUUCCUGCAGAAUAAUCGUCGUACAUGGAGGACGAGUGAUAUUGCUCCAUUUGGCGCCAAUCUCGUAGCCAUCAAGUACAAUUGCCCAGAGUCGAAUGAGCCGAAGAAGGUGAUGUUCUUCCUCAAUGAGAAGCCCGUGUCGCUGGAUUGGUGCCGUGUGGGUUUGUGCGAUUGGAAGGAUGUCAGGCAAAUGUACAACUUCUACACCACAACAGAUUGCUCCCGAACAUUCUGCGGUGGAAGCACCGGAAAUGCCAUUAAAGUGUCCCUACUGGCCCUCAUUGUCCUCCCCGUGAUUACAGGCAUUCUCAGAAUCCUCAAUUAACCGUAGAGAGAGCAUUUCCACAACAUACCAUUUUCCUUCUAAAGCUAUUCGUGUGCGUGAUUUUUCCGCGUGUGUUUCCACCAAAUCUCAAGAAUUUCCCAGUAUAUAGGCGAUUAAUUUGUAAGAAGAAAAGAUAAAUAAAAUUGAGGAGAUUUUUUAGUCUUAA